GGGAGCUAGGUGUCCCGGAGACCGAGUUGACAGAGUGGAGACACGUGACAGUCAGAGCAUCACGUUCUAAGGUCCAAGAGGCUGGGACCGGGCCAGUCACGUGACGCGGGGGGGGCGCCAUGGGGUGAUGUGAGAUGCUGGGUCCCUAGAUUACGUACCAAUGACGCAUUUCCACCUCUUUUGGCAACUAGAUUUCCGUUGGAAGAUGCGAUAGUUCCGGCAAAGGGGGCGGGUUCUCACGUCCUGGCAAUUUUGCUUCCGUUCGGGGAGCUGGCGCUUCCGACCUCCGCCUUUCCCUCGGGCGGGGAAGGGACGCGGUGCGGUGCGCAUGCUCCAGUCAUCCCAGAGGGGGCGGGGCUGAAGCUACGGGAGCGGGAGGGGGGUAAGAAAAGGGAGUUCCAACCUGUGGAAACUUGGGGGUCCCCGAGGUCGGCUCCUUGUCCUCGACGGUGGAUGGUGUCAGGGAUAGAGCCUCUGGCGGCUCGUGGGGGGCGGUUAGGGGUCCACAGGGUGAGGGCAGAGAGAAGUGUCAAGAGAGUGAGUGGGGUACAGGAGUUCCAAACUUAGAAUCUCGAGGCCCUCUGGGCUCCCGCGCCGGGGAGAGGGAGCUCGGGCCGCCAUGCGGGACAGGACCCACGAACUGAGACAGGGAGAUGACAGCUCUGACGAUGAGGACAAGGAGAGGGUCGCGCUGGUGGUACACCCGGGCACGGCACGGCUGGGCAGCCCAGACGAUGAGUUCUUCCAGAAGGUCCGGACAAUUCGGCAGACUAUUGUCAAGCUGGAGAAUAAGGUCCGAGAGUUGGAGAAGCAGCAGGUCACCAUCCUGGCCACGCCCCUUCCCGAGGAAAGCAUGAAGCAGGACCUGCAGAACCUGCGUGACGAGAUCAAACAGCUGGGGAGGGACAUCCGCGCAGAGCUCAAGGCCAUAGAGCCCCAGAAGGAGGAAGCCGAUGAGAAUUAUAACUCGGUCAACACAAGAAUGAGAAAAACCCAGCAUGGGGUCCUGUCCCAGCAAUUCGUGGAGCUCAUCAACAAGUGCAACUCCAUGCAGUCCGAGUACCGGGAGAAGAACGUGGAGCGGAUCCGGAGGCAGCUGAAGAUCACAAAUGCUGGCAUGGUGUCUGACGAGGAGCUGGAGCAGAUGCUGGACAGCGGGCAGAGCGAGGUGUUUGUGUCCAACAUACUGAAGGACACACAGGUGACUCGACAGGCUCUAAAUGAGAUCUCGGCCCGGCACAGCGAGAUCCAGCAGCUCGAGCGCAGUAUCCGUGAACUUCAUGAGAUCUUCACUUUUCUGGCUACGGAGGUGGAGAUGCAGGGGGAGAUGAUCAACCGAAUCGAGAAGAACAUUCUGAGCUCAGCAGACUAUGUGGAACGUGGGCAGGAACACGUCAAGAUGGCCCUGGAGAACCAGAAGAAGGCAAGGAAGAAGAAAGUCUUUAUCGCCAUCUGUUUGUCCGUCACUCUCCUUAUCCUGGUGGUCAUCAUUAGCGUCUCCAUUCUGGUGUGACAGCAUCGUGGAUUCUCGGCGCUAAGAGCACCAGGGACCCAGGGGCUGCCUUCCCUCCCCGAAGCCAGGGGUGGGCAGGACAGAGCCUCCAGCCCGACCCCUUCCUCACACUGGCCAGAGGGGCAGACGGUUCUUCCAGGGCCGGCAGCCACUCAUCCAUGGGGCCUCCCCCCCUUGGGCCACCAUGCCUGGGGGCAGGCCUGCCGUGUCCUCUUUGGCUGGGACCCGUGGUUUUGUAAGAAAUUAAAAAAAAAAAAAAAAAAGUU